AUGAGCAGCAGAUUCUACUUCGGAGCCUCCGAUUCCGGCAGCGACCUAUCCGACGCCGACAACGACAGCAGCACCCUCCCCUUCCCGAAACCACUCGACCGAUCUGCAUUCCUCGCCCCAGAUUUCGACGCGACAGCCUUCCUCUCCAGCCUGUCGCAUCGCUUCCAGACUCUCGAAGAUCUGCAGUCGGAGCUGCGCGAGCUCAGUCAGACGCUGAACAAAGAACUCGUCGACCUGGUGAACGACAACUACCAUGAUUUCCUGUCCCUGGGCGCCACGCUGUCGGGAGGGGAGGAGAAGAUCGAGGAGAUUCGCGUGGGGCUGCUGGGGUUUCAGCGCGAUGUCAAGAGUGUGAGGGAUAGAGUCGACGAGAGAAGAGAAGAGGCCAGACUGCUGUUGCAGAAGAAACGUGCGUUGCGGCAGGAAACAGGUGUUGGACGGGCGUUGCUCGAGAUCGCCGAGCGGCUGGACGAGCUGGAAGAGAAGAUGGGUGUGGCGAGAAAUCGACAACUGCCGUUGACGGCCGACCCUGAGAAAAUCCAUGCUCAAGUAACGGGAGAGUGGAGCGACGCCUGGAUCGAGGCGGCGGCACCCAUUAAUUCAAGUGAUGAAGACUAUGACGACGGCAACACAGCUAACGACGACGGGAGAAUUCCACCAAGACUAAAACGACGAACAGAACAGUUUCUUAUUCUAAAGCAUCUGGUCGGAAGACAUGGCCCUCAACACCCUUUCAUUCUUGCGCAAGAUGCUCGAAUGCGAAAGAUCCAAGAAUUGCUGCUUUCUGAUGUGGAAAAUGCCAUCAAGCGCGAACCUGACAUCAAGUACAAGCAACAGCUACUACAGAUACGUGCGGCCGUCGAGGGAUGA